GGGUCACCGGCGAGUCAAUAUACAAGGAUGGGAAACUCAGCUUCAACACACAAAGAGCGGACUGAGAACCACAUCGACUUUGGUUCGACACGCCCCUUUGGUACUUACACUGGACCGCAGGACUGGAACCACGAGGUUGUCUCUCGGCUUAUCAAGGAACGCAAGCUUGCCCCUUUCUACUGGCCGCUGGAGGACUAUGAUGAUGAGAUGACGGAUGAGCAGAUUAUGGCAGCGCGCAAGGUGCCACCAACUGAAGCUUCUCCGACGUCCGAUGCGGCAUCAGACAUUCUGUCAGUUACGCUUUCGCGUUCCUCUGUCAGUACAAGACAAAGCGAGCGGUUGAGACCACAGACAAUGAAGAUACCGGAAGCACAGUUGUACCGGGGCGCAAUAGAAUGUCCCAUCUGCUUUCUAUACUACCCACCGAACAUCAAUAGGACCCGAUGCUGUGACCAUUACAUUUGUACAGAAUGUUUUGUGCAGAUCAAGCGUGCUGACCCCACACCGCAACAUCUAGUGUCGGAGCCUGCCGCUUGUCCGUAUUGUGUCCAAGAUAACUUUGGUGUCAUCUACGCUGCUCCGGCGUGGCGAGCUGGUAUAGGGAGUGAGGGUUAUCCAUCGCCCGAUCUCUACAAGGUCAGCUCGUCUGGUUCUAUUGCGCCUCCACCGCCUAUGGCAAAGCAAAGACGUCAAUCGCUCAGUCACACGGCACCGGGUGUCGUAACAAUUGAUCAAAUACGGCCGGACUGGGAAGCAAAACUUGCCGCGGUGCACGCUGCAGUCGCACGCCGCGCUAAUCGCCGUAUCAUCAUGCGGCAGGUGGGAGAUCGGCUCAUUCCUGUUGGCAUUACCUCGGGACGGGUUCAGAUAAACACAGAUGGCAUGGGAGACACUGGCCCCAUUGUCGAGACGGAUGACAGUUCGACCCGAGGUAGUCGACGGCGCAGACACGAGCUCAGUCAAUUAUUGGGCGGCAUGGGUAUGGCAGGGCAGGAUCUAGAAGAGCUAAUGGUUAUGGAAGCGAUGAGAUUGUCUUUGCUUGAGCAUGAACAGGCUCUACGACGACAACAGGAGGAAGAAGCCAGACAACAACGAGCAAACGGCGGGGAAGGUUCCUCAACCGGUGGGACAAAUACUGAUCCAGCUGCGCCGCCUAUGCCUUCGUCUGCUCCCGUGAGUGGAUCAAGAACGCCCAUCGCGAUUCCUGCCCGUGUAGAUUUGUCAGGAGAUGCUGCGAUCAGCUCCUCUGCACCCACCCACGUUCACCGAUUAUCUGGAGCUUCCAUUCUGACUGGUACACCCCCAAGGACUAACGGCAGCCCUCUUCGACCAUCUGGUGACUCUGCCACAGGUGGACCGGCUAUCUCACCCACAGCCUCCAUGCCAUCACCCCUGAGAUCAAGUCGCCCAAGCUCAUUGGUAGAUUCUACAAACGGAAAUCCAACCCAUCAAGCCGCUGCUUUGGCUGCUACGACAUUCCUCAAUCCGACCACCGUCGAUGAGGGGGCCGGUUCCUCGUCAAUCCCACCGCGGAAUCCUACGUCUAUUGCGUCCGCCUCUGUGCCUAUAUCUACCGAACCUGCAGCGCCUGCGCCCGUGAUUAACAUAAACCAAGCAUUAGCCGGGUCCAGCACCCGGACACCCAUUUCCCGGACGCAGACCAUGGGCACGGAGAUGAGCGAGGACGGGGAGACGGAAUAUGUACCCCUCGCAUCUCCCGACACCGAAGAUAAUGCAUAUCUGCUAGACGAACGGCUGGACGAGGCGAUGCAAGAGAAUAUCGAACUCCCUCAACGGAGCGCCACGGCCACGAGCGGGGACUCGUUGCCACCGUAGCCCUAAACGAUUGACGCCUCAGCCCACGCCAUUCACGUUCCCCAUGUCAUUGCCAUGCACUCCAGUCUUACUCCUAUUUCCACGACUUAUCUCUUGUCUGUCUCGGCCCAUGUGUAGAUCUCAACUGCUCACGUCUGCUCACAUUCUUUUCCUACUUCCGUCACCCAGCUUUUCUUGUUCAUGCUCCUUUCUCUCUCCCUGCAUAUCCCCAUACUCGGUGCAAUUCAAGCCAACGACCGUCUUCUUUACCAAAAUCCUACUCUUACUGGACAACUCCCUUACCAUCCUCU